GACAUCUUACCAGUUUGAAUUUUAAACUUGAGUUAGCGGUCGAACAAAAACAGAACAAUUUUAUUUUUCCGUGUUACUUGUGUGUAAUUGAAGUGUUUUAUUACGAAUUAAAACGAAAGUAAAGAUGCCAUCAGUGUUUACAUUCUCACGCAGUGACAAUGAGAUCCUGCAAGAACUGUUACGGGUGUUCAGCUCGGGCCGCGGCACCGCCCGGGAGCAGUGGAGCAUACAGGCCGAGUUGUUGGUGGAGCCGGUCGGGUGGGACGCACUGUGGAAACUGUCCAAAGAGUUCUGUAAAAAGUUUGAAGUAAGAUUCCCCUGUGUUGCCUACGUAACAGUAACAUCAGUGGACUUUGAGAAUCUCUCAGCGUGUAUAGACGUACUGAGUGUUCAACACGAGUCCGUAUCACUGCCGGAGAAUAUAGUAGAUGUGCCACUGAUUGAGCUCUGGCCGACCACAAAGCAGAGGGAACAAUGUAUUAAUGCGGCGACAACCGCAGAGUUUAUUGAUCUGUUGAGAUUCUACUACACAGACAUCUGGAUGCCGUGGGACGAGGCAGAUGACAAGAUCCUCUUACCGAACACGAUAGAAGAUCGUAUGCAACUCUGGUCGGACAUGCACAAUGGUACAAUACCAAAUUGUGUGGCCCGCUCCAUCACACUACUCAGAAACAGUGCCAUUGAUGCCCAUGAGAAGUUAAGGCAGCUAGACUCGUCGCUGUGUGAGGGUGACUUGGCUAAUGAUGAUGAUUCCCUCCUACCACCAAACUACAUUUCUUUGUGUGCUGAAAUGAAUGCCCGCCUGGACGGGCUCAUGUCAAAAUGGACGUUAUACGAGAACUCGCUAAUUCGAGAACAGUAUCUCGCCAAAGAAAAGUUGAAAUGGCAGAAGAAUAAGAGUAAGAGGAAUGUCGUAGCACUAUGGCAAGGCGGUUCAAUCUUCGAAUUUGAAGAGCUCUCAAAGUUCCUAGUCUCCCAUUUGACUAGCGAGUACACUCUCAGCGUGAUGACGUCAGCAGAAGAAGCAUUGGCUCUAGAACCAGAAGAAUUAGUUUUAUGCAGUAAUACUUAUAGUCUACCAGAGGUGCCGCUGUCCAAUAUCAAUAUUACCAGUUUUAAAGGAGCGACCCUCCUCGCGUCGGACAUGCGGUCGUGCGUGGCGGUGGUGAGCUCGCGGGUGUGGCUGCGCUCGCUGCGGCUGCAGUGCGCCGCCGCCGCCACCGCGCUGCUGGCGCGCGCCGGGGACCUGCGCCUCAGCGACUGCCAGCUCUGCGACCAGCCUGGCAGCGACCAGAGUGAUUUUGCUCAAGGCAUUGUGGCGAUGUCUGGUGCUAAAAUACUAAUAGAAGAAUGCACGUUUGAUAACUUCUACUCUGGCAUCGUAGUUCAUAAAGGAGCGCAGGUGGUGUUAAAGAACUGUACGAUCAAGAACUGCGGCGUCGGCAUACAGAUGUACUCCGGAUCACGAGUCGAGCUCACUGAUACCGAGAUCUCAGGCUGCAGCGAGCAGUGCAUACGCUGCGAGGUCGACGCCGCGGCGGAAGGAAACGCUGAUCAUAAGACGAGCACGCUAGGGAUGGAGGGGCUAAUAGUGAAUUCCAGCUGCAAAAUUGGUUCAGGCAAGCUACAGGAUGAAGUUCUGAUCGUUAGACAAGACUCCAACUUAUAAACAAUAGUGUUAAAUGGUUAAUUAUAUACCUUGGUACUGAAAGGCUGAUAUUUCCAAACCAACCGCGCAUCAGGUAUCUGAUAAAUUAGUUCACGACCACGUCAGCAUAUCUUGAUCUGGGUGCCGUAUAUCCUACAAUCCUACUAGCAUCAUAAACGCGAAGGUGUAGGUCGUAAGGAUGUGUGGAUGUUUGUUCCUCUUUCACGCAAAAACUUCUGAAUGGAUUUAAACGAAACUUGGUACACAUAUAGUUAUAACAUAGGACAACAGGAUCAAUUCAUAACUAUGUUUGUUCAUUUCCGAUUUGUAGUUGGCGGGCACGCGGGCAACAGCUAGUAAGAGUCGGGAAAUCUAUUAAUUAGUAAUAGUAUGCAUAAUAUGAAUAAGGGCCGAUUUUUCAACCGCCAGAUAACUUUUAUUCGACGAAUAUCUUUGACGUUUUGACAGUUUUUGUAUAGAAAAUAUGUCAAACGGCCAUAUUAUUUAUUCCUCAGAUAAAAUUUAUCUGACGAAUGACAAAUCGGGCCUAAGUUUUAUAUUUUUCAGCCUUUCAGGAACAAUGGUUAAUGUAUCCCAGUCAUAUCCAUAAUAUGUUAUUUAUUUACAAUAUGUAUGUGCCUUGUUAGAUAUAACGGUUUUAGAAUAAACGUAUUUUCUUUUUAUUGUUUAUAUUAUAUUUUAGUUAUACGAUUCCGAACGAAAUAUGCAGUGAAAUAGUACAAAGAGUUGCAUAAAUUUUAGUGAUAUGAUGGGUAGAUUGAAAUUAUACUUUAUUUGUAUAGGUACUGUAAAGAAAGUUAAACAAUGUUGGUGUGUCUUCUUGUCUAAAAAUCAUCAUCAUCAUGCCCCUGCUGCCCCUGCCCUUAUCCCAAUAAUUAUUUGGGGUCUUCGCAACAUGUCUUCUCCUUCCAUUCCAUACCUUUCUAUCCGACGUCUUCUCAAAAGAAACAUUCUUUGCAGCCAUAUCGUCUUUCACACAAUCCAUCCAUCGUUUCCUUGGUCGUCCUCUUCCCCUAUAUCCAUCCACAUCCAUACUCAACACCUUUACCACAUGACUUUCAUUCCUCCGCAUAACAUACAUACCAUGACAGUCUUCUUGUCUAAAAAGUCAGUUAAAAAUAAAACGCGAUUAAAAACCACGUCAAACGAGAUAAUCAAAUCAAAAAUUACACUGAAAUAUUUCAGUUCAUUAUUUCUGAAUGAAAAUCGAGUGACUAUCAUCACAUAAUCACAAAUGGAGUUUGGAUUUCUAAUAUCUUGUACACCACUUUAUAAGCAAUACUUUUUAUUACCCAAUAAAUAUCUUAAUGUUGUCUAGGAUAAUAUGUAUAAAGAUUUAUUAGCGUCUGGAAAUAAUUCCGGGGAUUAUUGAUAAUUUCUAUUGCAAUCGCAAUUAUAAUAUGAAUCGACAUUUUUUCAGUACUUCUAAUAUUUAAAAAGUCUUACAUCUAUGCCCACAUAAUUCAUUUUGACUAUUGCGUUGUACCAUUAUUUUUAUUGUAAUUUAAAUUAGUUAAUUAUGUUUUUAAUUGAGCUUUAACUAACUCUGGUAGAUAGUGCCUUUUAUGUUAUGUUGUAUAUACUUUAGCAGCUCAAACCGUCAUGUUUUGAUGUUUUAAUAAAUUGUCGACAAAUUA